UCGGCGCCGGGCAGCGGCAGGGGGCGGAGGCUGCAGCAGGCGCAGCGCCCAGAGUGCCGCCGGUGGAGGAGCCGCAGCGGCAGCCGCUUCCCUCCUUCUUCGGGGCCCUGGGGCGGCCUCCACGACAGCCGCCACGCUGCGACCCCCGCAGUGGGACCCUCCUCCGCCGCAGCAGCGCAGGACCAAAACCGCCGUCACGCUGAAGCGCCACAGGUAGCCUCGUUCAGGACGGACCCUUCUGGCCUUUGACCAUUUUGCAGUGGAAUACCGGAAACGCGCAAAUCUGGGUUUGAAACUAUGAGCUCGGUAGCAGUGUUAACACCUGAAAGCUUUGCUGAGCACCGCAGCGGCUUGAGGGAUGAAGAAACACGAGGUGGUGUCCCAGAGGAUGAGGCCUACAUCCCCACUUACUUGGAAGCUUUCCCUCCGCUCCCGGAAAAGGGAGCACCUGGGGAAAAAUCCAGUGAGCUUACGGGAGUAUGGAACAAAAUCCGGCCUAUCAAAUCCUCUGUCAUCACCCAGGUGUUUCAUGUCCCCUUGGAAGAGCGACGCUACAAGGACAACAGCCAGUUUGGAGAAGGCGACGAGGCCAAAGUUUGUGUGGAUAUCAUGCAGAAGACCGGAGCUCACAUUGAGCUCUCUUUGGCCAAAGAUCAGGGCCUGUCCAUCAUGGUAACCGGCAAACUGGACUCUGUCAUGAAAGCUCGGAAGGAAAUAGUCGCUCGGCUUCAGACCCAGGCUUCAGCUACUGUCACAAUCCCCAAGGAACACCAUCGCUUUGUGAUUGGCAAAAACGGCGAAAAAUUGCAGGAGCUCGAGCUGAAAACGGCCACCAAGAUCAACAUCCCACGACCUGACGACCCCAGCAACCAGAUCAAAAUCACGGGCACCAAGGAAGGCAUUGAGAAGGCUCGGCAUGAGAUUUUGCUCAUCUCGGCUGAACAGGAUAAACGGGCAGUGGAGCGCGUGAACCUGGAGAAGGCCUUCCACCCUUUUAUUGCUGGCGCCUUUAACAAAGUGGUCCAGGAGAUCAUGCAGGACACAGGGGCUCGAAUCAACAUCCCUCCGCCCAGUGUUAACAAGGAUGAGAUCAUCAUCACAGGCGAAAAGGAACCGGUCUCCCAGGCUCUCCUGCGAAUCCGCAAGAUCUAUGAGGAUAAGAAGCGCAAGACAACCACAAUCUCCGUAGAGGUGAAGAAGUCUCAGCACAAAUACAUCAUUGGCCCCAAGGGCAACACCCUGCAGGAGAUUCUGGAUGCCACCGGGGUUUCGGUGGAGAUGCCACCCCUUGAAAGCAGCUCGGAAACCAUUAUCCUCCGGGGAGAACCAGACAAGCUUGGCCCAGCUCUGACCCAAGUCUAUGCCAAGGCGAAGAGUGUGAUGGUAGCUGAAGUAACAGCCCCAGCCUGGUUACAUCGUUUUAUAAUUGGAAAGAAAGGACAGAACAUUGGCAGGAUUACCCAACAGCUUCCCAAGGUCCACAUUGAAUUCACUGAUGGUGAUGAGAAGAUCACACUAGAAGGACCCACUGAAGAAGUGGAGUUGGCUCAGGCUCAGAUACAAGAGAUCAUCCGGGACUUGCUUGGUCGCAUGGAUUACACUGAAGUGCUCAUCGAUCAGAGGUUCCAUCGUCAUCUGAUAGGGAAGAAUGGAGCCAACAUCAAUCGCAUCAAGGAACAGCACAAAGUCUCUGUCCGCAUCCCACCUGACAACGAGAAGAGCAACCUGAUCCGUAUUGAGGGAGACCCGCAAGGGGUCCAGCUGGCCCGCAAGGAGCUGCUGGAAAUGGCUGCUCGUAUGGAAAAUGAACGCACAAAAGACCUGAUCAUUGAGCAGCGCUUUCACCGGACCAUCAUCGGGCAGAAAGGCGAGAAAAUCAAAGAGAUCCGUGACAAGUUCCCAGAGGUCAUCAUUAACUUCCCCGACCCAUCUCAAAAGAGCGACAUCGUGCAGCUACGUGGGCCUAAGAACGAGGUGGAAAAGUGUGCCAAGUACCUCCAGAAAGUUAUUGCUGAGUUGAUUGAAAACAGCUUUUCCAUCCCAGUCCCUAUCUUCAAGCAGUUCCACAAGAACAUUAUUGGGAAAGGAGGCGCCAACAUCAAAAAGAUUCGAGAGGAAACCAAUACCAAGAUUGACCUCCCCACAGAAAACAGCAACUCAGAGGUGAUCCUGAUAACUGGGAAGAAGGUCAACUGCGAAGGUGCCCGGGACCGCAUCCUGGCCAUCCAGAGGGAGCUGGCUAACAUAAAAGAAGUGGACGUCUCCAUUCCAGCCAAACUGCACAAUUCCCUGAUCGGGGCCAAGGGCCGGCUGGUGCGUUCCAUCAUGGAGGAGUGUGGCGGGGUGCACAUCCACUUCCCUUCGGAAGGCUCAGGCAGCGACAAAGUCACCAUUCGGGGUCCCGGCGAAGAGGUGGAGAAAGCCAAGCGCCAGCUUCUGCAGCUUGCAGAAGAAAAGCAAAUCAACAACCACUCAGUGGAACUGCAUGCCAAGCCAGAGUACCACAAGUUUCUGAUUGGGCGUGGAGGUGCAAAUAUCCGCAAGGUGAGGGACCGCACCGGGGCCCGCAUCAUCUUUCCCACCGCCGAAGACAAGGACCAGGAACUCAUCACCAUUGUGGGGAAGGAGGAGUCAGUGCGGCAAGCCCAGUAUGAGUUGGAGAACCUCAUCCGGAACCUGGAUAAUGUCAUUGAAGAUUGGAUGCUGGUGGACCCCAAAUACCACCGCCAUUUUGUGGCACGCCGAGGGCAUGUCCUGCGGGAGAUUGCGGAAGAGUAUGGCGGGGUGACUGUCAGCUUUCCCCGGACCGGGGUUCAGAGUGACCGAGUGACACUAAAGGGGGCGAAGGACUGUGUGGAGGCUGCCAAGAGACGCAUUCUGGAAAUCAUCAGUGACCUGGAGGCCCAGGUGGUUCUGGAGUGUGUCAUCCCUCAGCGCUUCCACCGCGUGGUCAUGGGAGCCAAAGGGUACAAGGUGCAACAGAUCACUCGGGACCAUGAUGUAUUGAUCAAGUUCCCGGAGCGAGAUGACAAUUCAGGUCCAGAAGCACAGACUCAGGAAAAUGGCGAUGUGAGCCCCGAGCUGGACUCUGUCCCUCGCAAAUGUGACAUCAUCCUCAUCUCGGGGCGCAAGGAGAAAUGUGAAGCAGCCCGGGCAGCACUGUUGGCUCUGGUGCCCAUCACGAUGGAUGUGGAUGUCCCCUAUGAUUUGCACCGCUACAUCAUUGGGCAGAAGGGAGCUGGCAUUCGUAAAAUGAUGGAGGAAUAUGAGGUCAAUAUCUCCGUUCCGCAGCCUGAGCAGCAGUCGGAUAUUAUCAAGAUCACGGGCCUGGUCUCAAACGUGGAGCGGGCCAGAGCCGGUCUUCUCGAGAGGGUCAAAGAACUGCAAGCUGAGCAGGAGGAUCGGGCCUUGCGGGGCUUCAAGCUGAUGGUGAGUGUCGAACCCAAGUACCACCCUAAGAUCAUUGGAAAGAAAGGGGCAGUCAUUUCCCAGAUACGCAAGGACCACGAUGUCACCAUCCAGUUCCCGGACAAAGGAGAUGAGAAUCAGGACCUUAUCACAAUCACUGGUUAUGAGAAAAAUGCUGAAGGAGCCCGGGAUGCCAUCCUUAAAAUCGUUGCUGACUUGGAGGAGAUGGUCAGUGAGGACAUUCGUCUGGAUCACCGAGUCCACGCCCGUAUCAUUGGUGGGAGAGGAAAAUCCAUCCGCAAACUCAUGGAAGAAUUCCGGGUGGAUAUCCGCUUCCCUCAGCCGGGCUCUAGUGACCCUGACAGAGUCACGGUGACAGGGCUGCCUGAAAACGUUGACGACGCGAUUGACCACAUGCUGAACUUGGAAGAGGAAUAUAUGAUGGAUGUGGUGGAGACAGAAACGAUGGCUGCAUAUAUGAAGCCCCCCUCACGCUUGGAAGAGGAGCCGCGGGGCCCCGCCAAGGGUUUUGUGGUGCGGGAUGCUCCCUGGAACGCAUCUGGGAACAAGGCUCCAGACGUGAGCAGUGCUGAAGAAUUCCCUGUCUUUGGCACCGGUGUGGUCCCCAAGCAGACCUCUGUCUGGGGCCCCAAGAAGUACUGAGAUCCGGGCGGCACGGGGGACCCAAGGCAACUGCUACUCGGGCAUGGCUCCGGCCUCCCUCGGGCACCGUGGUGGCUCUCCUUGCGCCAUCAGCUCCCUGCAGACCUCCUCUUGCUUUCAGGAUGUGGCAGAUUCUUCCUCUUCUUCCUCAACACUCCCUCCGUCCCAUGACUCUGUGCAAUCCAUUAACCAGUCAAAAGCCAUAGCCCACCCUCCUUCCUCUUCCUUUUCUUCCUGUCGAGCCAAAGCGGGCCGGGUUGUAAGCACACAAACGUUAAGCCAGCCUCUUGGGGCUGGCGUCUUCCCUUUCCCCCUCCCUUCUCUAUGCCAAAUUUCAGGGCAUUAUGAUUAGCUCGUAGCCGGAUGUGGCCAUAACACCCCAUCCCACUUCCCAGCUGACCAAGGACGUAGUCAAAGAUCCCUCCUCUCUCCUUCGCAACUUCGUCCUUUUCCAGAUGUGGGGUGGCUGCAUGCGUCCACACGCUCCCAGAGGGCUGAAAUGGUUUAGGGGAGAGCUCCAAAGUCCAAAGAGGGGUAGAUUUCUACUACAGUUCCCCUCUGCGAGACUGUGCCCCCUUUUCUCCCUCCACUUUCCUGGCAAACCAACCCAGUGAAUUUGGAGCCAGCACCAUUGGAACAGGACUAAAGUUGGGCACAAACCUCAUGUGAUCUGGGAGAGUUUGGCAUGAGGAUUGAUCUCAGCACGAGAUUUUCAGACUCUGGGAAAGAGCAGAAAGAAAAAAAAAUACUUUAGAAGCAGGUAGCACUUAGAAACUUUGGCAACCGGCAGGCUUGAGUCUGCUCCCUUUCCCUCUUCGCGUCCAUGGCACAGUGUAGAGUCCGUGAUUUUUCUUUCUUUCCUUCCCAUUUUCAGCCUCAAAAACCCCUUCCUUGAUUUUUUUUCUCUCCUAAUUACACUCCCUCCCCUUCCUCAUGUCUUCCUCCCAAGUUGCACUUGCUUUGAAACAUUAGGGGAAAAUAUGCAACAUUGAACAAAGAGACAAAAACACUCUUUGCUUUUCUGUUUUGGUUUUCUUUUUGUUCCUUUCCGUUCCUAGUCCUCAUUGUAUUUUUCCCCCUCAGAUUUGAAACUGUGACUUCUGGAGUGAGUGUGUCGGUGUGUGCGUGUGUGUAUAUGAGAUGGGUAUGCGAGCAAAGCAUCGUGACUCCACCUGUGUACCCCCUGAACCCCCCUUUUUUGCCGCGUCUUCGUGACAAGGUGAUCGAAAACAAACUGUAAUGGGGCAGCGUAACCAUGUGUUUUGUUUUGUUUUCCUGAAGGCAAGGUUGUGGGGAGACAUACAAAGAACUGACAAAAAUAAUAAAAGAAUAAUUAAGCAGAGAACACUAUUGGCCUUAAAAAAAGAAAACAAAUGAAAAGUAGAGGGGGGAAAUUUAAAUAAAAGGAAACUUAAGUUUGACAAAGAAAAUAUGCAAACUCUGUAGGUCACGUGGUGACUGUGGACUUUUCUAAUUCCAAAUAAAAAUGGAGUGGAAAACAAA